UUUCAUAUAAUAAUAAAUCAAUUUCACUUCAUGGUUCAUCUCCAAAUUCAUUUCUCAAUUUUCCUUCAUCUCAACACUGGAAUGAAGACACUAUUCCUAGAAAUUUAUGCCUGGAUCCUACUGUGAAAAAGUCAGUCGUUGUGAACUUGAAGUUGAUGUAAUUGCUGAAGACAUCUUGAAUGAAAUAAAUGUUGAAAGUUGUAUUGGUCAUAAUCCUGGUAUAACUGCUAUGUGGGAAGAUGAAAGACAACGAAGACGAGAUAUUGGACUAUCUUCACAAGUUGCUCUUCCUGUUUCACAAGAAGGUAGUGAUGAUGAACAUGAUGAAGAUAUUGAUGAAGAUAAAGAAUCAAUAUUAAUGUCACAGCCAUUUUGGAAAGAUGAUGAAGAGGAACAUGAUUCCCAAAGUUCGGAGAAUGAAGAGGAAAUGGACUGGAAACCACCUUUACGUAUGUCUCAAGUGGAUGGUCUUGGUGAUGACGAGGACUCCAGGUGACAUGUGUAGUCAAUCAAUUUUCACUCCGCGAGAGAAUCUCGAAACACUAAACACGCGUGUCUGCGUGUAAUCUCGCGUGUCUCGAUGUAAGAUUUGGCUUUAAUUAUUUGCUUCAGGUAGCGUUCCAUGUUCAAUGGUAACAACAUACAU